AUGAAGAACCCCAUGCCUGUUCCUCGUUCUGGCAGCGUCGGCGUCGUGCUUUUGCUGCUCGUCUUCUGCUUAGCAUAUGUGCUGGGCUUGAUGUCCAGCGCCAUCUUCCAGAAUAUCUACAUCCACAACACCCUGUCACCACUACAGCUGUCGGUCUUUUGGUCACAAUCGUCAUCACCAUCAUCACCGCCGCCACCGCCGGAAGCAAUACCUUGCAUCCUGCCACCAUCGCCUCCUUCCCAGACGACGGUGCCGCGUAUAAUGUCGAUGGCGCCAUCCGGCGGACGGCGCAUGGAGUUCACGGACUUCCUGGCGCCGAGCCGCGGCCUCAUGCACAACAUGACCGACGAGGAGCUGUUCUGGAGGGCGUCCAUGGCGCCGAGUAUGAAAAGCAUGCCCAAGCACGUCAUCGUGCACAAGAUCGCCUUCCUGUUCCUGGUAAGGGGCGAGCUGCCGCUGCGUCCUCUGUGGGACAAGUUCUUCAAGGGGCACGAGGGGCUCUACUCCAUCUACGUGCACGCGAGCCCUAGCUACACCGGCUCGCCGCCGCCGGACUCCCCGUUCUAUGGCCGCAUGAUUCCUAGCCAGACAACAAAGUGGGGACACAUCAGCCUAGUGGACGCGGAGCGGCGCCUCCUAGGGAACUCGCUGCUCGACCUCUCAAACGGCCACUUCGCCCUCUUGUCGGAGUCUUGCAUCCCACUCUUUGACUUCCCUGCCGUUCACGCCUACAUCACCGGCUCCAACACCAACUUUGUCGACAGUUUCGACCGCGAGGAAAGCCGCGAGCGACAUAGCCCCUUCUUCGCUGCACACAACGUCAGCGUCGCGCAGUGGCGCAAGGGCGCUCAGUGGUUUGUGAUGGACCGUGUGUUCGCCCUCGAGGUUGUCUCCGACGAGACAUACUAUGGCCCGGUGUUCCGGAACGGCAGACACCAAUACAUGGACGAGCACUACAUCCCGACAUUGGUGAACAUCCUGGGUUUGGGCCAUCGCAACUCAAACCGAUCGGUCAUGUACUCGGACUGGUGGACCCCACGGGUGAGACACCCCAAGAGCCACAGUGGCAGCGAGGUGACGGAGGUGCUCAUCAAGGAGAUGAGGCGAGGAAUGGACGGGAACUGCAGCUACAAUGGCAGGGCGGCAGAGUUUUGCGCCUUGUUCGCGCGUAAGUUUAGGCCGGAUGCGCUCUUGCCCUUGCUCGAUUUGGCUCCCAAGGUUAUGGGUUUUGGCUAA